UCAUCCUGUGAUACCAACUGUUUGCUCUUUGGGUCCUGCCCUAUGUCUGGGAACUCACGGCCCUGAGGUUGUGACAUAAUUUGGUGGCAAGCAGUGGGAUAGGAUCCCAGGACCCAAAAGGCACCAUGAGCACCCCACCUGGAUUCUACGCUGACCCAUUGGAUCUCUUCGCUUGCAUGGAUUACUCCUGGACUCCAGAGAUCCCUACUGAUCCCAGAGAGAGGACCCUGUUCUGGCUGAGAUGUGAGUCACUGGGACUAUCUGGGGAUGAGGGGCUGGCAUAUGGAGUAGGGCAGUUAGUGGCAGGAGAGGCAGACCUGGAGGAUGGGUACUAUGUUCUGCAACGCACCAUGCACCAACCAGGAUGGAGAUAUUGGCACAGUCCCUAUACAGUGCUCCCGCUUCCCUGUAGCUUGGCGGAAUGGCACGGCCAAUGGGAGAGGCUGAAUUUCUGUGACUAUAGCACCUUUGUGGGUAACCCAGAGGAGGAAUUCCAUACCCUCUAUGCACAGCGCUUCUUUUAUAUAGGAAUGAAUGAUACAGAGGAACGGAGGGACUGGCUUGCUGACCUGGUGUAUCAGGAACUGGAAUUGAUAAAAGAGUAUGGGAGUAUCCAGGAAUUGGAAAACCAACGCAAGGAAGCACUGAGGGUAUGUGCACCAUCUUUUUGUGGUUUUCAGCAGGCACAGCCAUGUCUUGGUACUGUAGGUCCAAAAGACUUUCACUUACCCCCCAGUACAGUCAGUGCCGCGGUGGGGGAGGAACAAGAAGCUUCCCAAACAACUUUAUUAUGGUCCCCAAGUGAAAUCCCUGUUUGUACGGAGUCCAGUGGUUGUGUUACCCCUGGGCUGGCAGAACCGGAGAGUGGGUGCUGCCACUUUAAAGGCUUGGCAGAGGCUGAGGCCUCCCCGAGUGAAAUCCCUGUUUGUUUGGAGUUCAGUGGUUGUGUUACCCCUGGGCUGGCAGAACCCGAGAGUGGGUGCUGCCACUUUAAAGGCUUGGCAGAGGCUGAGGCCUCCCCAAGUGAAAACCCUGUUUGUACGGAGUUCAGUGGUUGUGUUACCCCUGAGCUGGCAGAACCGGAGAGUGGGUGCUGCCACUUUAAAGGCUUGGCAGAGGCUGAGGCCUCCCCAAGUGAAAACCCUGUUUGUACGGAGUUCAGUGGUUGUGUUACCCCUGUGCUGGCAGAACCGGAGAGUGGGUGCUGCCACUUUAAAGGCUUGGCAGAGGCUGAGGCCUCCCCGAGUGAAAACCCUGUUUGUUUGGAGUUCAGUGGUUGUGUUACCCCUGGGCUGGUAGAACCGGAGAGUGGGUGCUGCCACUUUAAAGGCUUGGCAGAGGCUGAGGCCUCCCCGAGUGAAAACCCUGUUUGUACGGAGUUCAGUGGUUGUGUUACCCCUGGGCUGGCAGAACCGGAGAGUGGGUGCUGCCACUUUAAAGGCUUGGCAGAGGCUGAGGCCUCCCCGAGUGAAAACCCUGUUUGUAUGGAGUUCAGUGGUUGUGUUACCCCUGGGCUGGCAGAACCGGAGAGUGGGUGCUGCCACUUUAAAGGCUUGGCAGAGGCUGAGGCCUCCCCAAGUGAAAUCCCUAAUUGUGUGGAGCCUGGAGCUGCUCAGUUUGAAAAAAGCUUCAAGGAGGGAAGAGAUGAGGAUUCCCCACUACCUGAGUUGUUGCUGGCUGGAGAGGAACAGGACCAAGAGGAAAGCAUUGCUCAGGAUUCCCCAAUGUCUAUCAGAGCAGUCAGUUCUGGGAAUGGAGUAAGGGGCACCCCAAAAGCACAACGUGUAACCAGGGCAGUUGUUCCGGAAACCCCCUCUGGCAGACAACAAGGCCAGAGAAUUACCCCACAGAGAAAUAAAACACUGGUGAGUCCCCGUGCUGUCCCUACAAUAUCUCCCAGAUGGAGGGGUCCCCCAUUGUGUAAUGUUACAGGGACCGGGGCCUUGAGAGAGGUUGGGUGGAACUUAGAAUUAAAGAAAAGACAGGGGGAUAAACAUUUGUCUAAUACUCUUUGGGGUCCACUGGUCAUUGGGGUCACUUGAAGAUGAGUCACCUUGGCCUGACUGCUUGGGGGGGGAAUACAGACUGUACCACCUGGGAUUGUUCCCUUCUCCCUGGAAGGCCCCUUUAUUGUCCUGGAGGCCAGAACUGUGACAUUACAGGGUCGCCCAUAUGGAGGAGAGAGGGUUAAUGAUGGCCACCCGGAAAUAUCCCUCUUAGAUCCUGUGGGUUCUGUUUACACCCCAUCUUUUUAUUCCUGUUUUGCCAAUAUGCACCCCCCCAAGGAACUAAAGACUUUUGCUAAGUGACUUUGGGAAACUGCACCAACUGCUGCCCCUACUGUGUGUAAGGGGCCCAGCCACUAAGGGCUGUCUGGGAGGGGGAGAGAAUACAGUAACUCUGGGACAGAUACAAAUUAGGACUCUAAAGUAACAUUUUUCUUUCUUAUUAUGGAUAUUUUGCCUUAUGGGAAUUGGCUAGUGAGGCUGCUGGGAACCUGUGUAGGCCCCCAGCAGGCUCACUAUUUGGGAAGGGGGAGAAAUGUGACAUAACAAACUGUAUAAGUUG